GUCUAGUCCGUAGCCACGAAUAUGUUAAAACUGCGGGGCAGGGCAGCUAUUCAUAAAAGCACCUAUCUUCGCUGCCUCCUCCCAGUAUCAGUAAAAACUGCCACAUGACCUGUAUAGCAGGAAGUUGAGUGGACCCACAGAAACCCCGUAUACAGCAGAAAUUAGUGUCUCUCACACUUUUCGGCACUUGUUACCUAGCGUGCUGUUGUAGGAAGAAGAGAAAAUAGAAAGAUGUACUGGAGACUUUUGUUGGUUACAUUUUCACUUGCCUUGCUGCGUAGUACGACAGCUGGAGAUAGUGGUGGCUGCUCAGUGCUAACAAGCUGUCCGGAGUGCCAAAAAAACACAGACUGCACCUGGUUACAGUGCACAGAUUCAAGCCCCCAAAAUGGUUCCUGCGUGAGCGCUGUGAAUUACACCAGUGUGAGCCUGGCCUGUGAGCCAGUCGCUAAUGGAUCCUGCUCAGGCGACCUCGCACCAGGUGACCCUACGACCGUCAAACCCGCUGCCUCUACCACUGCCAAAACGACGGACGCUCCCACUGCCAAACCAGCUGUCACCACGGCCGCCCCCGAACCUGCAAACACUACUGCUGUCGUCCCGAGCAACGCCACCACCGCGGCUCCAACUGCAGCUCAUACAAACGCAUCCACGACAGCGGCGGGUCCCACCAAGGCCCCGACUCCGCCCGCCAACACCACGGCAACGGCCGCUCCUCCGUCAAACUCCACCCUCACCACCCAGGCCCCGGCCCCCCCCACCGCCGCGCCGCAGAAGAAGUCCACCUUCGACGCGGCCAGCUUCAUCGGAGGCAUCGUGCUGGUGCUGGGCCUGCAGGCCGUCGUCUUCUUCCUCUACAAGUUCUGCAAGUCCAAGGACCGCAACUACCACACCCUGUAACUACCACACCCUGUAAAACGUUCCUCACACUGAGGCCCGUAACUACCACACCCUGUAAAACGGGCCUCAGACUGGGGCCCGUAACUACCACACCCUGUAAAACGUUCCUCACACUGAGGCCCGUAACUACCACACCCUGUAAACAGGCCUCAGACUGGGGCCCUUGGCCCUUCGAACAGUGUUUCCGAGCAGUUUCCUUUGAUUCCCCAGCA